UGCGGAGGGGAGGCAGCCCUAAGAGAGCCCCUCUGCGUAUCUGACACUGUACCCGUCUCUUAAAGCUUUGUGUUGUUAUGGGUAGUGUAAAGUCUCUCUUGUGCUGACUGUUUGUACCUCAUUUGUGUGUUUGUAGGGUCCGGGAUGAUAAAGCCGUGUGGCUGAAGCUUGCGUCUCUCCAGGUGUUACCAGGGGCUAUUGUUGCGUGCCUCCUCCUUCCAAGACAUGCCUGUCUAAGCUGUGCUGUUCGCUGGGGUGCAAGCAGGGCAGAUACCCUUCAGGGAGAGGACUAGAAGACUGUUACCUGCUCCAGUCACGUGGACAAAUCAUACACUAUUGGCAAGUCAACCUUACCUGAACAGACUCUGUGGGCUGUAUUUGCAUAUACUUGUACCAGGACUGGCACAUGAAUGCUGUAAACAUCUGUUUUUGACUGUCAAGAGUUUUAACCUGAUGUAACCAAGGCUUGCAACGAAGCUUUCAUUGAUCAGACAGUUAUUGUGAGAGAAGCCUUCCAGAGAUGGACCUGUUCCAUUGAUCACACAGAAGUUCUGCAGGAACAAGCCUGUUUAUCCAGGAAAGCAGAUUCUUAGCCAGCUUUUGAUGACAAAAUUUAGAAGGCACUUGGUGUUGGAUGGCUGACUGUUACCUGGCUGGGGAACAAGACAUCCCCCUGAUUGACUAUUGACCACACCAUGGCAGCUGUAACAAUGAUGGCCAGAAAAUAUUUCUCCCAAUAUCAUAUGACAUCUACCUGUGUUAUUCUUGUCAUGUCAUUAGUGCUUACGACAGUGUUAGGCCAACAGCGGUUUAAAGUGGAGCCCACAAACACUUCAGUACGCCAGGGGGGCACAGUGAUCCUUAGUUGUACAGUACAGGACAAGGCAGGGCCUCUACAGUGGACGAGGAAUGGCUUUGGCCUGGGGGAGGAGCGAGAGCUUCCAGGCUUCCCUCGUUACUCCAUGAUAGGCAGCGAUGAAUUAGGAGAGUAUAAUCUGAUGAUCGUGGAUUCUCAGAUUGAAGAUGAUGCAGAAUUUCAGUGCCAAGUUGGUGCUACCGUCAAUUCAGCGGGUAUUCGCAGCAACAGUGCCCAGCUUAGCGUUCUGUUACCACCUGAGCCCCCACAGAUUGAGAAUGCCCGCUCUGUCAUCGCAGUCAUUCUGAAUCAACCUACCAACAUCACAUGCCGGGCUAAUGGCGGGAAGCCUGCCGCUACAAUCACAUGGCUAAAGGGUGGCCUGAUGGUCACUGACCACGUGUUCACCAGUGCUGUCCCGCAGGCCGACGGGAAGAGAAUGGACGCCAUCAGCAGUCUGACCAUCUCCCCGAGCAAGUCAGACAGUGGCAAGCAGGUCGCCUGUCACGCGAUGAACGAAGCCAUGGUUGACCCAUACACCACUUCAGCCAUUUUGGAUGUUCAGUAUACCCCUGAAAUCAAGAUGAAGGUAAAUCUGACAAGAGCCAUCCGUGAGUACCAAUAUGUGAGGUUCAGUUGUGACGCAAUUGGGAACCCAUAUGAGAUCACAUGGAAGUGGUACCGUAAUGAGGACCUUCUGGAGAAUCAAACACGUAACUACAUGGACAUUCCCUCCAUUAGGAGAACAUUCAACGGGGACACAAUAUCCUGUGAAGCCACCAACUCUGUGGGCAGCACCAAGAAAACCUUCCUGCUAAAUGUGGAAUAUGGCCCACAGUUUAUCGGACCACCGGAGCAUGAAGCUGUGGACAUUGACGACCCUGCCACUCUGAAGUGCCAGGCGGAUGGUAACCCCAAACCUAGCAUCAUUUGGACUCGCAAAGGCUCUAAACGUAUUCUCAGUAGCUCUCCAAACUUCAAACUGCCUGCAGUCACUCAGUCUAACUUUGGGAUUUACAUGUGUACAGCUACCGUGAUGGGAUUCAAUGAAAUCAGCAGGGAAAUAUAUCUUUUGCAAAAUGGUAAGCCUCGUAUUAUGAGUGAGGCUGAGCAGUUUGCAGGUAAAGGUGAGAAUGCCAUAGUACACUGCGAGGCCAUGUCAGUGCCCAAGCCAGACCACAUCAUCUGGACGCGGAAUGGUCAGAUCAUUGACUAUGCAUCAUCAGGGCGGUUCUCAGCUCAGGAGAGUGAUCUCCCUUAUGGACGGAAGAGUUCCCUGCAGAUUCUUAACAUCCACGAGGAGGACUUUGGGGCAUACAACUGUAGUGUGAUCAACAGAUAUGGAGAUGAUAAUGCUGUUAUUUAUCUCAAAGAACGCGAAUCAUUCCCACUUCCAUAUGUGAUCGGAGGAGCAGUGGGUGGAUCAGCCUUGCUUUUCAUCCUCAUUGUGGGCUGUGUACUUUAUCAGAGAAACAAAGGAGCUGAGUUAGAAUCUUACACAGAUUCGGACAGCACAACAGAUAAAAAGAAAGAGUUUAAAUCUGAUUCACCAGCAGAUUUCAAGUCCACAUUAAUGGAUCAAUGGCGACAAGAUUACAACAAAGAUCUCUACAGAUACUCAGCAGAUUAUGAUGAACUAAACAUAAAUUAUCCUGGAAAGGAAAUGCGUGCGAACAACAACGGGUUUAAUUAUGGUCCUGACAUUAUAGCAAAUGAUCCUUAUACAACAGAUAGUUACAUUGUGGGAGACGAAUAUUCACACAGAGAUGAUGAGGUAUCAUCAGAAAGGUGUGAAUCCAGCUACAGCACAGGGUAUGUCCCAAGAAGUUUUAGGAAUGACUAUAGUAAUCCCUACCCUAAUACACUACCCCCAGCAGAGAUAUCCACAAGCAGACUGGCAACGAACGUUUAGUGAGCCUUAACAGUGCUUUCUUACCCAGAACUGUGCUUGUGUUGUUGUGGUAACUAGUCAUCAGCGGAUUGGAUGGGUCGCCCCGUGAUAAGGAAGGAAAUUUAUCCUACAAAUACGCAUUUUGCACAAAAGUACACAAAAAGGACUCGAACUGAAGUCAUGCCAUAUUGCCUUUCCUAUGCAAUAUCUUGAGUUUGAAGAUUGACAGCAGCGGAUGAAGUUUUCAACAUAUUCAAUGCAAAGUGUGGUGACAUCUGUGAAAUGGACACAGUGGAGAUCACCCUCAUAUCAAAAAGUGGAUAUCGCCUGUAUGGGCAUGUUACACACUGGAUAUCACUUCCAUAUCAACUAGUGGAUAUCACCUGAAUGUGCAUUAUGCACACUGGAUAUCACUUUAAUAUCAACUGCCAUAUCUACAUGUUACACAGUGGAUAUCUGAAUCAUCCUUAAUACAGCGGAUAUCUGCAGGCUACACAGUGGAUCAUCACUGUAUGAAACAAUAAAAACAAUGAUCUCACCAUUGCAUAUAUCUUGUCCUUAUGUUACAUUGUCUAUUACAGCAUUUGACUUGUGACCUUGGUCUGUGCAUCACAUCAUCAUGCAGAUCUGCUGGCUUGUGACCUUGGUCUGUGCAUCACAUCAUCAUGUAGAUCUGCUGGUUUGUGACCUUGGCCUGUGCAUCAUAUCAUCAUGCAGAUCUGCUGGCUUGUGACCUUGGUCUGUGCAUCACAU